AUGAAUAUUGUAGAUAUGAAUAUUGUAGAUAUGAAUAUUGUAGAUAUGAAUAUGAGCGACGAGAAAAGUCUGCUUUAUUCUGAAGACACUCCAAGUUCUCCCCCUGUAAAAUAUUUUCCCCCUUGUAGAACCAAGUUUCCUCGCAAAAUUCCCGUGAUUGUUGAAAGAUACAGAAAAGAGAAAGUUCUGCCGGAAAUAGAUAAAGUGAAGUUUCUUGUUCCGGAGGAGUUGACCCUUUCCCAGCUAGCAAAUAUACUCAGAAUGCGACUUAAGCUGACCCCUACUCAGGCGUUCUUCCUGUUUAUCGACAACGGACAUAUCCCUGUUCUAUCCGCAGUUCUAGUUCAGCUACACAGAAAGUACAAGGAUGAGGACGGAUUUCUGUACAUUACAUACGCUAGUCAAGAAUCUUUUGGAUAAGUGGUGGCUAAACAAUUAUAUAUAUAUCAUUCUGUACAUGCUGUACAACCUGUACAUUCUUAGCAUUCUUCACAUUUGGUUUAUUUCGUGUAUUCAGUAAAUUCUGCACAUUCUGUACUGAACGCUUUGUGCGGUCUGCACAUUAUGUGCACACUGCACAUUCUACACAUAUUGAUAUUUUUUGCAAAAUUUGAUAAGUGAUGUACAUUGUACAACACUUUACUGGUCAAACUUUGAAUGUACAGUUUACACUAGCAUGUAGAUAUAUAGUAAAAUGUACAAGUUUAUUGCCGCGAAUUGAAAAGGUCAAAAUUAGCUAGAUCUACUGUUUAAAAUCUUAAAACUUUGUAAAAUGUAGAUUUAAUUUAAAAUAAAUAUUAUUUUUUUUUA